AUGGCACGGUUCCAGAUCGUCUCCGACCUGCAUCUAGAAAACCCCAAGGCAUACGACUUGUUCGAGAUUGCACCAAAAGCACCUUAUCUAGCGCUCCUGGGAGAUAUCGGAAAUGUCAGGGACGAUGGCUUCCUCUUGUUCAUAGAAGAUCAGCUCCGCAAGUUUGAGAUUGUUUUUCUUGUGAUGGGAAACCACGAGCCCUUUCAUUCUAGUUGGUUGGACGUGAGGGAAAAGCUGAAGCAGUUUUCCGACGAUAUAACACGCAAAAGAGCGCAAGUACAAUUCACCAAGCCCGGGUCUCACAAGCUAGGGAAGUUUGUCAGCGAGAUGCAAGAGGAACGGGUUAGCUUCAGCUUAAAUGAUUUUUACUACAUCAAGAACUGGUCGGUCGAGGAUCACUGCGCUGCUCACGAAGCUGACCGAGCUUGGCUCAACGAUCAGGUCACUCGAAUCGCCAGGUCCAACCCCCAUCAUAAAAUUGUGAUUUUCACCCACCACAGUCCGACUGUUGCAUCUAAGGCGGUGGAUCCCGCGCACGCGAAGAGUCCUAUAUCAUCGGCGUUCGCGACGGAUCUCGCCGGGGAGGCGUGCUGGGAGAAACCCCAGGUGCGACUUUGGGGGUUUGGCCAUACGCAUUACAACUGUGACUUUACAGACAGUCGAACGGGAAAGCGCAUUGUGGCGAACCAGCGAGGCUAUUACUUCUCUCAGGCGAAGGAAGGGACCUUUAAUUACCAUCUCGCUAUGGCGUCUAUCACCCGUGCGUUGCGGCCUUUGUCGCGCACUGCUACCUCCGCCCGCCUUAUCACAAGACCGCCGUUGUCGACCAGGCUAGCUGUGAGCAGCACCCAUGCGUUCUCCACCACCUCCCGCCGGCGGGAUGUCGAUCUGUCCGGACUGACGCCCACCCCGAUCACCUUCCUCUCCGAAACAGAGGCCCUCAUGUCCGAAUCCGUUUCCAAGUUUGCUCAGGAGCAAAUAUCCCCGAAAGUCAGAGACAUGGAUGAAGCGGAGACCAUGGACCCUGCCGUGGUCGAGCAACUCUUCGAACAAGGACUGAUGGGCGUCGAGAUCCCGGAGGAAUACGGCGGUGCGGGGAUGAACUUCACGGCGGCGAUUGUGGCGAUUGAGGAGCUGGCUCGCGUCGACCCCAGUGUCAGUGUUCUCGUAGACGUCCACAACACCCUGGUCAACACCUCCAUCAUGAAGUACGGUGACGCGCAGGCGAAAUGCACAUGGCUACCCAAGCUGGCUACUGGCACCGUCGGCUCGUUCUGUCUGUCGGAGCCGGCCUCCGGAUCAGACGCGUUCGCCCUGAAGACCAAAGCCGAGAAGACGGCCGAUGGGUAUAAGAUCAACGGAUCGAAGAUGUGGAUUACCAAUGCCAUGGAAUCUGGCGUGUUCCUUGUCUUUGCCAAUCUUGACCCCAGCAAGGGCUACAAGGGUAUCACCGCCUUCAUUGUGGAGAAGGAUACCCCGGGAUUCUCCAUUGCGAAGAAGGAAAAGAAGCUGGGCAUCCGGGCCAGCAGCACCUGCGUGCUCAACUUCGACGACGUCCUGAUCCCCAAGAGCAACCUGCUUGGCGAAGAAGGCCAGGGAUACAAGUAUGCCAUUAGCAUUCUCAACGAGGGACGAAUUGGAAUUGCUGCCCAGAUGACCGGGUUGGCCCUCGGCGCCUGGGAGAAUGCUGCACAAUACAUCUGGAACGACCGACGCCAAUUCGGCCAACUGAUCGGCGAGUUCCAGGGCAUGCAGCACCAAGUGGCACAGGCGUACACUGAGAUCGCAGCCGCCCGCGCGCUGGUAUACAACGCGGCCCGCAAGAAGGAAGCGGGACAAGACUUCGUCCAAGAUGCCGCAAUGGCGAAGCUGUAUGCCUCGCAAGUUGCUGGCCGCGUGGCUGGCUCCGCAGUGGAGUGGAUGGGAGGCAUGGGCUUCGUGCGUGAAGGCAUCGCCGAGAAGAUGUUCAGGGAUAGCAAGAUCGGCGCCAUCUACGAGGGAACCAGCAACAUUCAGCUGCAGACGAUUGCCAAGUUGCUACAGAAGCAGUAUACUCGCUAA